AUGAAUGCAGCCCUGAGGGCUUUGCCCAUGUUGUUCCCACAUCCCUCGGUGUACGGCCUGUCUCGGAUCACCCCGCACUUGUACCUCAGCGAUGGCGCUGCUGCCAAUAACAAGCUCCUGCUCCUUGCAAAUCAAAUCACCACUGUCAUCAACGUCGCCGUGGAGGUGGUAAACACUAUCUAUCCAAACAUCGAGUACCUGUGUGUUCCCGUGGUGGACUCUCCCGUCUGCUGGAUCUACGGUUGCUUUGACCCCAUCGCAGACAAGAUACACAGCGUGAGCCUGCGGCAGGGCCGCACGCUGCUGCACUGCGCCGCGGGCGUCAGCCGCUCGGCCGCCGUGUGCUUAGCCUAUCUCAUGAAGUACCAGUCCGUGUCUCUGGCGAACGCGCACAAGUGGGUCAAGGCUUGCCGCCCCAUCAUCCGCCCCAACAACGGCUUCUGGCAGCAGCUCAUUCAGUACGAGUAUAAGCUCUACGGUACUAACACGGUCCGAAUGAUCAACACUCCUUUGGGAACAGUUCCUGAUGUCUACGGGAGGGAAGUAAGAGUAAUGCUGCCGUUCUGA